AUGUGUUUUCCUUUGACACUCAAAAUCACCAUGGAACCCUUCAAACUUUCCCUCUUCCUUCUUCCACUCCUCUUUGCUUUCAUAACCUUUUCUAAUCCAGUGCUGUGCAAUGACAAGGAGGACAGUGUAUUUAAGGGAAUCAACAGCUACAGGCAGACGCAGAAUCUGCCACCACUGAACCAAGUUUCCAAGGCAAAUUGUUUGUCUGAUGAAGUUGCAGAAGAAAUAGAGAAAACGCCCUGUGAAAAUGUGAAUCGAUUCUACCCAUCAACUGUUUCUGGUGGUGGCAACAAUCUUAACAUCCCCAACUUGCAGAAGCACAUAGAUAAAUGUGGCAUUAACAUCAACACCACCUCAGAUGGGGUCAUUCUCCCAGUUUGUGUCUCCAAGUUGGAACCCACCAUUGUGCUCUCGAACUACACUCAUUCAGAUCGCUACGCACAGUUUCUCAACAAUUCCAAGUACACAGGGGCAGGCCUUGGCUCUGAGGAUGAUUGGAUGGUCCUUGUUCUCACCACCAACACUGCCGCUGGAAGUUUCUCUCCUUCAACUUCUGCUCAUGCUAAUGCUGCUUCUGUGGGGCUCUUGAUCUUUGCUUUGCUGCUUCUACUCAUCAACCAUCUUGAUUGA